GUUGAAAAGCAUCGAGGCCAACACACUUCCAAAAACACUCUCUAAUUAUUGUUGUGGGAGAACAGCUGAGGGUUUAUCUAGGGUUUAAGCAAAGCACCCAAAAGGUAAUUGAAACCCCAAAAAAGGUUCCAAUUGUUCCUCUAAAUUUCUAGGGUUUGAAGAGAAAUGGGAGCAGACAAAGGAAAGAAGCAGAAAUCAGGAGAAGUGAAGGAAGAAAACAAUGGGGCAGAGCCCAUUGAUGGAGAGCUCGUUCUUUCCAUUGAAAAGCUUCAGGAAAUUCAAGACGAGCUUGAAAAAAUCAAUGAGGAAGCAAGUGAAAAAGUCUUGGAAGUGGAACAAAAGUUCAAUGAGAUACGCAAGCCUGUCUAUAAUAAGCGAAAUGAUGUCAUUAAAUCCAUUCCUGAUUUCUGGCUGACUGCGUUUAUGAGUCAUCCGGCCCUCAGUGAACUUUUGACUGAAGAAGACCAAAAGAUUUUCAAGUAUCUAAGUGAUCUUGAAGUAGAAGAUUUCGAAGAUGUGAAAUCUGGUUACUCCAUCACAUUUAAAUUCAACCCCAAUCCGUACUUUGAAGAUACUAACCUCACAAAGACCUUCACUUUCCUUGAGGAAGGAAUAACAAAAAUCACUGCAACAUCAAUAAAAUGGAAAGAAGGCAUGGGCAUUGCUAAUGGUGUUGCCGAAGAAAAGAAAGGAAACAAGCGAUCUCAUGCUGAGGAAAGCUUCUUUACCUGGUUUAAUGACUCCGAGCAUAAAGGUGAUAUGUACGAGAUUCAUGACGAGGUGGCUGAUAUCAUCAAGGAUGAUUUGUGGCCAAACCCUCUUACAUAUUUUAACAAUGAGGCUGAUGAAGAGGAUCUUGAAGUGGAUGAUGACGACGACGAUGAGGAAAAGGGCAGUGAUGGCUCGGAAGAUGAUGAUGAUGAACAAGAUGACGAGGAUGAAGAUGAAGACUGAGACGCUGUUUUCUACAGUUUAGUAUCAUGGGUUUUCACUUCUUCAACAGUGGUGUCUGUAAACAGGAUUGACUACAACUUUCUAGAGUAAAGAAAGGUAGAAGAAGAUUCUCAACUUUGUUUAAGUUAAUCUCGUCCCUCAGCUUUUUCAGACUGGUCAGCCGUCGCCCCAAUCAAGGUCUUACAUUAGUUUCUUGUUCCUCAUGGGGUUGCCCUGUGAUGGAAGAUUUCAGUUAAUGUAGCAAUGAGCACAGGUGGGAGUAUAGGUAGGUUUUGUUUGGUGUAAAGCUGCUGCUGGUGCGUACUAUAUAUGAAGGAUAUAUAUGCAUGGUAUUGAGAAUGUUUUAGUCAUUACCAGCUACAUAGGGCUUGCUCGCCAUUAACAAGGAUAAUUGGCACAUCACACCUCAAAAAUUAGCAUGAUUUGCAUAUUGCACCC